GUCUACCGGGACCCUUGGCAAAAGCGUGAAGCAUGGCGGAGACACCCAAUUUUCUCCAGACGCGAACAAUUCAAGAACCUAUUCCCAGGCUUUGGCAUUGCUCUCGUAGCAUUCUCUGGAUAUGUUGUAUGGGAUAACCUGACUUCACCUGAUUCGAACACGAUCAAACGUUUGAAGGAGCAGACGGCUAAGGAA